AUGUGUAAAUUAUUAAAGGAAAAUAAAAUUUAUACAUUAAAACAGUUGUCCACAUAUAUAUCGAAUAGUUUACGAUCAUCAAGCAAUGUAACUGAGAACACAAUGAUUGAUGAUGACGUUGACAAUGAAUCAGAUACAAGCAGUAGUAGUGGAAACGAAGACAAUGAUUAUUAUGGUAAGGAUGAUGAAAGUGAAAAUAUUUCUGAGGGUGAAGAUGAUGACAAAAUACCACUGGAUCAUUUUGCGCAAGUACGAAAUACAACAUUCUCAGGUAUGAGAAUAGUCGAAUCUGUCCCACGCGGUGCCGAAAAUUUAUACUUUACGAUAAAAAUCAAUAAUGCAGAUAAAUAUAUACAUAAAACCACUGCUAGUUGGUUAUUAACACAAAAUAACAAUCGUUUACCAUCUGAUCGGUUAUCGAGAGUCAUAGCAACAAGUAGAAAAGAAUAA